GUUGGCGCAUGCGCAUUGUUAAUAUGUCUUGCUAUAUCGUUCACUACUUGGAUAUUUCUAUUUUAUGAUUUGCAUUAGUUAGCAAAAUUGCCAUCACCUGAUGCUUAUAAAUAAUUUACGUAUUUAUACAUAAAUUAGUUUAUUAUUUUAAGUAGCAAAUUGUCAUGGAUUAGAAAAACCUUAAAAAUGAUUGUACUUUCGUGAAGUUCGCUAAAUUCGUUAUGGAAGACGAGUACGAUGUGCAUCUUUGUCUUGUUUGUAAGCAGUCUAUUACUGGUUUAGAAGAAUAUAUCAAACAUAAAAGAGAAGAAUGUGUUAAACCAAAGGAAACGGAUCAAAAUACAAUUGAUUUUCUGUCCUCCCUGAAUCUUCAGCAAAACUUGAAGAAAUUGGAUCCGUUGGAUUAUGAUAAACUUAUCCAAAGUGUUGUGGAAGAUGUAGAAGUCUUUGAUACACCUAAGCGUACAGGAAUUGGUAAGAAGAUUUACGAAGAUGAAAUAGAAGAAUCGAUUAAUGAAACUCCUGCAUAUGCUGGCGGUAAAGGAAAAAGUAUAUAUAUGUGUCAUACAAGGAAUCCAGAAAAUCUAGGAAACUCUCUACCUCCCGAACCAACUAAUAAAUUGAGUAAAACAAACGCUGAUAAAGCUCGACCAAUAUACCAUUGUGGUACUUGUAGAAGGGAUUUACUGUCAAAGUUUUCGUACGAUGCACAUUGCAGAACUAGUUUACAUAAAAAAAGACUCGCCAGUAUGUCUUUCGACUGUGACGUCUGUCAAGUGAAAUUAUCAAAUAGAUACACUUUUGAAAAGCACAUGAAGAGCGCUAUGCAUUCGAAAAGAAAAAAUUUUCUAUUCAGCUGUAGAAUUUGUUCAUUUUGCACCGAUAGUAAAGAAGAUGUUGAUGGACAUUUGAAGGAUGAUGGGCACUUGAAGAGUGUGAGCGGAAUUGAAAUUAUUUGCUCUUGCGGAAAAUUAGUAGAAAAAGAUCAUUUUGAGGCGCAUCACUCAGCCAAUGAAAGUUGCAUUCUCAGCGUAAAAUCACCUACCAAACCGUCAACACUUAAACGCUUUUCCCAGCAGUCGAAAAUCUGCACGGAAUGCGGUUUAAAAUGCCGAUCGAAUUUCGCAUUAAAUCUACACUACGUCCGAAAACAUUCGGAGGAUAAACGAUUCAAUUGUGCUAGCUGUAAAUUAUCCUUUUCUGAUAAAUAUUCAUUAUUCUCACACGAAAAUAGUAAAAAACAUCAUCGCUCCAAAUCGACGAAACCUCGUAAAUUGCAAAAACCUUUCGAAACUUACAGAUGCAAUCGCUGUGAAUUUAAAACUGAAAAAUGCACAAUUUUAAAAGACCAUUACAAAAGGAUCCAUUCUAUUGACUUCUUAUGCGAAAUUUGUAAGGAGAGUUUCUUGGAUGAUCUGGAUUUAAAGGCCCAUAAGUCAACUUGUCACAAUCCAGAAGCUAAUGAUACGAACUUAUGGGCUUGUACUAAAUGCCAAGCUACUUUCGAUAAAAGGGAACCGAGAGAUGAACAUAUGAAAGAAAAGCACGGUAUUUUCAGCAAAAGCGGAACAUUUAAUUGUGGAAGAUGCGGUUUAAAGUUUUUUACCGGAUGUCUGCUCAGGAGGCACGUAAAGAUGAAACAUACUCAAGAUAGUAAGCAGUAUAUUUGUAAACAUUGCUCAAAAGCUUUCCAUUUUAAAUAUCAACUAAGUCAGCACGAAAGAAUUCAUUCUGGUGAUAAACCGUUUACGUGCUUCCAUUGCGAUUACAAGGCGAGAACUAACGAUUUAUUGACGAAGCACGUGAAUGGAGUGCACUUUAAGCAAAAACAAUAUCCGUGUAAUUAUUGUACGUUUAAGGCGAGUUCUGGUUCAUCGUUAACUCAACAUAUGCGAAUUCAUUCAGCCAGUAAACCAUAUCAGGUAUGAUACUUCUCUUUUUACUUAAAAGUUCUGGGAUCUAUUCCUUCAUCUCCUAUUUUCCUAAUUGCCUCUAUGAUUCAGAAAUCUCAUUUAGAUUCUACUAGAGCUUGCGUAUCUAAUUAUUGUUUCUCCCCUUCCAUGAACCCAUUUAAUCAUCUGACUAUAAAACGGAAAUAAUUUCACGUAAAUGCUUUUACGUAUCAGUCUAUUGUUCGUUCUGUCAAUCCUUUUGAAUGUUUUCAUAAUAGCAUUUUUCUUACUUUCUGGAGAAAAAUUCAGAUGGAGUAGGGAAGGGUAGGUGGGUAAGGGGAUGGUGUAAUAAGACAUGGGAAAGAAAGGAGAUUGGGAGGGGAGAGUGAAAAGAAAGAGAACAUAACUACUAAUAAAGGGUUGACCCGUUACGAAGAUGCGUCUCUGAGAGUAAUUACUUUAGGGAAAAUAUCUAUUAUAGAUAUGCAUUUGAUGAGUUUUUCGCUUUAUGAACAUGUCCACCUAGGCCCAUUUCUCAUUUCAAGAAUCAUCAGGGCGUCGGUAGCAGUCUUCCCGACGUAUUUUCAUUUUUUCUCUGUCAUUUCAAUCUCUGAGAACUUUUUAUAAGAAAAUAUUUUUUUAUCAUCUGUCAACGACUUAUCACGAGUUUUUCCCUUGGAGUUAAUACUGCUGCCAUCUAUAGUUGAAAUUUAACUAAUUUGAAUAUUUUUUUGCCGUUUUUCUUUCAAGUGUCCCUACUGCGAUUACAAGGCUCACGCCUUCAGCAAUAUACGUCUUCAUAUACUUAAAACAGCAAAACAUGCAGGGCUUAAAGUUUAUCCUUGCCCGUAUUGUUCUAAUUUUGCAUCAAAUUCUGCCAAUGAUUUUAAGAAGCAUCUGGAAGAAGAACAUAAUAAAAUUGGAGAUUCAACAUUAUUGAGUGGACUAUAUCAACCUCAAAUGGAUAUUACUGUACCCAGCGAAGGUUCUCUAAUUCAACCAGUAAAAAACAGAUAUAUUUACCUUCGUAAAUGAUAAAUAGGCAUCUGUUUUCUUAAAAAGUUUCUUUUAAAAAUUCCACGCAUAUUUUCAAUGAAAUAAGACAAAAGUCUUUAUUAUGUUUUCUUGUUUUUCUUUUUAUUAAUUUAUAAGAUAUUGAUAGUUUCUCUAUCCUGUUUAUUUUGAUACUAUGUGAUGACGUGUUAUAUUAAGUUUGGUUAUUGAAUAAAAUUCGUUCAAAAUAUAAUAAUGCUGCUUUGUUGAUUUUAUAAUUUAUAAACUCUACUUUUCUAUAAAUAAAUGUAAAAAUUUAAAUAUAAACAUAAAUAAUGAAACUGUUUGUUGGAUGAUGAUGUGCGGUAGUGCCCUCUGUUGGAGUAUCAAAAUAUAAUAAACGUAUAGUUCUUA